AUGAGGCGGGAGAGUUUGCAAAUCGCAUGUCGACACCUCUUUCCCGCACUGCUGGCGAUUCAUCAGGGCCAGUGCCGCGGUCGCGAAAUCUUACGCCGAUCCAACGCCGCGUUGUACAAUAUCACGCGUCUGCACGAGGACGUGAGUCCUUGGACGGCGGCGGCACUUUGGCGAACGUUGCGUCCAAAAUUCCUGGAAAUGUCGGUAGAAAAACUGAAGCGGUCGCACGAAGAAGUGGAGGCAGCGAUCCGUGCUGUUCCCCACCACUCUCGACAAACGUUGCGGUCGUUGGCAGCUGCCUGUGCCAUCCCCAAGACAGCCAUCGUACGACACCUGAAGGCAGUCGCUCGUUUCAAGGCCUGCUCUAGUUAUGUCAAGCCGUUCCUCACUGACGACAACAGCCGCACCCGGAUGGAGUAUGCAAUGUCGUUUCUGAACCCUUCGUCGAGUGGAAACCAUAUUUUCCCCGGCAUAUAUUACGUUUACGACGACGAAGUCCUCGCCUUGCGCUCCGCCAAGUCCAAGUCCUUCAUAACGAAAGUGAUGUUUUUAGCCGCCGUUGCUCGCCCGCGAUACGACUCCGGCCGCAAGCAAGUCUUUGACGGCAAGAUUGGUGUUUGGCCGUUUGUGAUGAAAGCGCCGGCAGCUCGCGCGAGCAAGAAUCGACCAAUAGGUACCAUUCUUACGGUUCCUCUGAUCGUCAACGGCGACUUAUACGAAGACGUCGUGUUCGAGAAGUUGGUCCCCGACAUCAAGAGCAAGUUUCCAAGAAGCGUCCAAGGGCAAGGGAUCUUUCUCCAACAAGACAAUGCAAGUCCACAUCAACGAGUGACGUCAAAGCUCCUUGAGUCUCGUGAGCAAUUCCAUGAAGCAGCAGGGCCCACAAGGACCAACAAGACAACGACGCGGCGGGCCGAGUUGGGAUCGGGACGGCGAGCAAGGUCGUUGAUCACCGAGGCCCACAAGGCACACAAGACCGAUAUGAGAGCAGCCACGAUUGUCGCUCGACGUGCCGGGUACCUCGUAUAA